UCUCCUGACUCGGCCCCCCCUCCGGCUUGGCCUCGUUCGUCCUCCGGCAGUGCGUGGUCCUGCUCCCACUCGAAAUGCCCGUCUGGGGAGGUGGAAACAAGUGUGGGGCCUGUGGGAGGACCGUGUACCAUGCGGAGGAGGUGCAGUGUGAUGGGAGGAGCUUCCACCGCUGCUGCUUUCUGUGCAUGGUAUGCAGGAAAAAUUUAGACAGCACCACAGUGGCAAUUCAUGAUGAAGAGAUCUACUGCAAAUCCUGCUAUGGGAAGAAGUACGGGCCCAAAGGCUACGGUUACGGCCAGGGCGCGGGCACGCUCAACAUGGACCGGGGCGAGAGGCUGGGCAUCAAGCCGGAGAGUGUUCAACCUCACAGGCCUACGACAAAUCCAAACACUUCUAAAUUUGCUCAGAAAUAUGGAGGUGCUGAGAAGUGCUCCCGAUGUGGGGACUCUGUGUAUGCUGCCGAGAAGAUCAUUGGAGCUGGAAAGCCAUGGCACAAAAACUGUUUCCGAUGUGCCAAGUGUGGGAAGAGUCUUGAAUCAACAACUCUGACUGAGAAAGAAGGUGAAAUCUAUUGUAAAGGGUGCUAUGCAAAGAACUUUGGGCCCAAGGGAUUUGGCUACGGCCAAGGAGCUGGAGCCCUUGUUCAUGCUCAGUAAAGGUGUGACCCCAGAACCAAGGUCACACACUGAGAAUCACUACAUAAUCUAGGCACAGAUGAUCUAACACUAAACUACUGUGAAAUUCUCCCAGCACUUAUGUACUGUAUAUUGCCCUGUACUCGAAUAGGCUGGCUGACUAGUAGGAAGAGCACUGUAUCCUUUUGCUUUAUUCAUCAGCAUUUUCAAGAACCACUUCUUUUACAUUUUAAAUAAAAUUUCAGCUUGA